AUAACGUUACCAAAAUUUCACAUCUAUUUGCCUUCUCUUUCACUCUCCCUUCAAUUCCUUUCCUUUCUCAAUCCAAGUAUCUCGACACCCUUUAGUCUUCAUAGCUAAGAAAGACCAACAGAGAUUAUUGGUUCAAUCAUGGCUGACAACCACCACGACGAUUUAGAUGAACUCCUUGACAGUGCCCUUGAUGAUUUCCACGGUCUUAAUCUCGCUACUUCCUCUCAAAGAAGUGGGGGAGGUGAUGGCAAUAAGGAAAGCAAGCAACAAGAACCAUCUCCUUCAUUUCCAAUGGGGGUUCAAGGAUUGGGUAUGGGAUUACCUGACUUGAAAAUCAAGAAAAAGGGAAAGCAAAAGGUUAUCAAGGAGUCCCAUGUUGCAGAGGCGCUUGAUCAGCUUAGGGAACAGACUAGGGAGGCUGUUAAGGGAUUGGAGUCCAUCACAGGUCCCAAACCUGUUGAUUUGAAUAAGGACGCAAUGAUGGAGGAUUGGGUGAAGCAGUUUGAGGAGCUUGCUGGCUCUCAGGACAUGGAAUCUAUUGUAGAGACUAUGAUGCAACAACUUUUGUCGAAGGAGAUUCUUCAUGAACCCAUGAAGGAAAUUGGAGAAAGAUAUCCAAAAUGGCUGGAAGAACACAAAGCCAGUUUGACCACAGAAGAAUAUGAGCGCUACACACAUCAAUAUGAACUCAUCAACCGACUUAAUGAAGUUUAUGAGAAUGAACCUAAUAACUUCACCAAGAUUGUUGAUCUUAUGCAGAAAAUGCAAGAGUGUGGCCAACCGCCUAAUGACAUUGUGCAAGAGCUUGCUCCUGAUAUUGAUUUCGCUAAUCUUGGUCAAAUAUCUCCAGAGAUGCUCGAGGCCCAAUCAAAUUGUUCCAUAAUGUAAGACGACGACGACUCCUUCCCAUUUUCUGUUCUCAUUUUAAGUUUCCCUUUGUCCCAUAGAUUGAUCUCUACACCUUGUAUUAGAUGAUAGUCAUCAGUUUCGUUUAAUGGAUUUAAUUCGGCUAGCCAUCGGAUUGUGUAUGCUGAAGUAGUGCACUUAAAUUUGUUAUUUUUAUCUUCUCACUACUAAUAAUAGAAGGAAAUGCUUAGGGCCUUGGUUCA